GUCAUACAUCGGAUUUUAACAUUAUUGGGUAGUGAUAAUCCAACUUCUCUCGCUCAAGUAGCUAAGACUUGUCGAUGUCUCCGGGCGUUCGUAUAUGAAGAACCAGACGAAGUGUUAUGGAAAGAAAUCCAUUUCAAGUUAUAUGACGAUCCUCGUGAAGCUGGAGCAUUCGCACGACCUCGUACGCGUUUCAGAUGGCGGCAGAGGGUACAAGAUAGGCAAGAAUUGAUCAGACUAUUUAACACUUGGGAUGUGGAUAAAUAUGACGGUUUGAAAACAAAAAUCGACCUGAUCAGUAAUACUCUACUUGACCUCUACCUCGAUCUUCCCGCUUCACCCUCGCCCGAAAACAAUCCAUUGGCACGAGAAGACACUCUGAACGGAGCCAUCAUUGAACCUAUCCUCCGAUCCGACAUGUUCAAACAUGUCAUUACCCAUCUUUCCACACGCGAGACUACUCCGGCCCUUCGACCAUUGAAUGAUCAACCGGGAAAUCCUAAUCGUCGUGUGCAUAGAGAAGUCAUCAAUCCCAUACUCCCUCGGUUGCACGCUUUGCUACCACCGCAAUUUGAAAAAGACAUUCCCGCUGAUAGACUUCAUCGAGGUUUUCUUAGAGAAGCAGUGUACGCAGCGAGCAAUUAUACAUACAAGAAUGAUUGGUCGCCCUUGACUUCGGAGGGAAAGGUGAACUGGACCUUGGUGGACGCCAUUGGUAGUAUUAUGAUGUCAAACGCUCGUGAUGUCUUGUGUUUGGGAGAGGAGACUUGGCGGAGGGCCGUCGCACCAAUGAGCUAUGGCGUUGAAGCUGUUCGUGGUUGGGGAUUCAACCAUCUCAGACGACCAGAGGGUUUGGCAGAUGAAGAAACUUGGGAUUGGGCAGGUGUUGAAGGCCAUUGGUUUGGAUCAUAUGCUUUCUUAGACUACGCAGACUGGAUAGCACUCAACGAACCUCGUCUCAUUCAAAUCCGUCGGUCAAUGAACACACUCGAUCUAUCACGAUACGCCGAAGCUCUAGGCGAUUUGAUGAGAUUAGACCUCGUCAUUGACCCAAGUCCAGAAGAUGACCGACAUAUCUUUGGUCAUCCCCUUCACGGUUCAUCUCCCGCUCGGACAGACGACGGAUUAGAACCUUUAACGACUCAUUUACCUUCAUCUGAUCUAUUACCACCUAUUUACUUCCACGGUCGGUCGGCCCAACAACAAGGCGCUUUAACUUAUCCUUCCGCUUCCACAGCAAAUUCGGUCAGGGGUGUGGUCAGAUUGACGGCGGAUGAUCCUCCUCAAGUGAGAUGGACAAUUAUGAUAAGAUAUGGAGGAGAGGAUAGGUGGAAGUUGGAAUGUGUUCAGAUGGGUGGGAGGGGUUCGAGUAGGGGUAUGGUAGGGAUCUGGACGGACGCCGCGAAAGAACCUCAUACGCCCAACGGACCUGUAUGGUAUUGGAAGGCGUAG